GAGCUGUCGACAGGUACACGACACAGCUGACUGGGCGCGCGCAGCCGUUCGCUCUCCGUGGUGCUGAACGUUCUCCUAACCGCUACCUGCCUCACUGUAGGUCGUCACGAAAGAUAAGGGAGAGUGGAGCUUCUUCCACUGGAAAAUAGCCAUACAAUAAGACUUUUCCGAAUAAUCAUUGACGUUGUUUCUCUCAUAAUCUUAUCAUAUCGUGGACACAUUUCAAACGUUAUCAAGAGGGUGAUUUUUAUAUUUUUUAUUUUAGCAAUUGACUGGGAUCUGUAGCCUACAAGAUGGCACUGAAUGGAUGUACAUUGCACAAGGCAAAGGAAGAUUUAUCAGACUGUUUUGUGACUGUGAACCCAUACCAUAUCAGAUUGGUCGCCUAAUUCUGCAAUAUAAUCGUUUUUUUUUUCUCAGCUCAUUCAAUACACCUGGCAUUGGAUGUCUAAACCUCGAGGCACAUAAAUUCGGAUUUACAUUUUACCGAAUAUGUUUAGCAAUAUUCCAUAUUUGAAUUAUUUAUCGUAAUAUAAAAGAAAUCGAGCAGAAAUCAAGAAGAAUUUGGAAUCAUGGAACCCGAUCCCGAACCCGUUAAGCAUCGGGCUUUCCCGCCCAGUAAAGAAGGGCUGAAGAAAUUGGCUGGAAAGACCUUCGGUCAUCUGUACAGGGUGGUGGAGAAACGUCAGAAGACAGGUGAGGUGAUCGAGUUAACGGAGGACGGCCGGCCCUCCGAGCAGCAGGAGAAGAAACCGCCUUUAUGUGACUGCACGUGCUUCGGCCUCCCGCGCCGUUACAUCAUCGCCAUCAUGAGCGGCCUCGGAUUCUGCAUCUCCUUCGGCAUCCGGUGUAACCUGGGCGUGGCUAUCGUGGGCAUGGUCAAUAACAGUACCAUACACAAGGAUGGCAAGAUCAUCAUCACAGAGAAAGCGAAGUUCAACUGGGAUCCAGAGACGGUGGGGAUGAUCCACGGUUCAUUCUUCUGGGGUUACAUCGUCACACAAAUACCCGGAGGGUGGAUAUGCUCACGACUGGCAGCAAACAGAGUGUUCGGGCUGGCCAUCUUCCUCACGUCCAUCCUCAACAUGCUCAUCCCCUCCGCUGCCCGCGUGGACUAUCGCUGCGUCAUCUGUGUCCGCAUACUACAAGGUCUGGUGGAGGGAGUGACCUACCCUGCCUGUCAUGGCAUCUGGAGUAAGUGGGCCCCACCACUGGAGAGGAGUCGUCUGGCCACCACCUCAUUCUGUGGAUCCUAUGCUGGUGCCGUGAUAGCCAUGCCUCUGGCUGGGAUCUUGGUCCAGUACUCUGGCUGGUCCUCCGUCUUCUAUCUGUACGGCUGCUUUGGGAUGUUCUGGUACAUGUUCUGGAUCCUGGUGUCCUAUGAGAGCCCAGAGGUUCACCCCACCAUCACCGCUGAGGAGAGACGUUACAUCGAGGAGAGCAUCGGAGAGGGUCAAGAACUAUUCGGUCCUGCUAGCAAAUACAAGACUCCAUGGAGGAAGUUCUUCACCUCAAUGCCCGUCUAUGCUAUCAUCGUGGCCAACUUCUGCAGGAGCUGGACUUUCUACCUGCUCCUCAUCAGCCAGCCGGCCUACUUCGAGGAGGUGUUCGGCUUCGAGAUCAGCAAGGUGGGCAUGGUGUCGGCCCUGCCUCACUUGGUGAUGACCAUCAUCGUGCCCAUCGGAGGACAGCUGGCUGACUGGCUACGCACCAGAAACAUCCUGUCUACUACCACCGUCAGGAAGAUCAUGAACUGUGGAGGGUUUGGAAUGGAGGCCACUCUGCUCCUCGUGGUUGGUUUCUCUCACACCAAGGGUGUGGCCAUCUCUUUCCUGGUCAUGGCUGUGGGCUUCAGUGGCUUCGCUAUAUCAGGUUUCAAUGUGAACCACCUGGAUAUCGCCCCUCGCUAUGCCAGUAUCCUGAUGGGUAUAUCUAACGGUGUGGGAACCCUGUCAGGGAUGGUGUGCCCACUCAUCGUGGGGGCCAUGACCAAAAACAAGACUCGAGAGGAAUGGCAAUGGGUGUUCCUCAUCGCUGCCCUGGUUCACUACGGAGGGGUCAUCUUCUACGGGAUCUUUGCUUCAGGCGAGAAGCAGCCGUGGGCCGACCCGGAGCUGACCAGCGACGAGAAGUGUGGCUUCAUCGAUGAGGACGAGCUGGCAGAGGAGACGGGUGACAUCACACAGGGCUACAGUGGUGGCAUGGCGGCAGUAGGCGCAGGGAAGAGUUACGGGGCCACUACAACUGGGCUCAACGGGGGCUGGGUGGCACCAGACAGCUGGGAGAAUGUAGAGGAGGAACCAGCUGGGCAGACCUGGGCAGAUUGAGACUACUCAUAGAACAGGGCCGUGUGUAUCGAGUGUAUCAGCGCAGAAGUGCAGAUUUUUGGAUCAUGUUUUGCCUUUUAUAUCAUAAUAAAUAAUAUUAGGUGGCUGAUCCUAGAUCAGCUAUUCUACUCUGAGAUGCUUGAUACAUAUGGCCCCAGAUAUAAUCAUGUUAUGGCAGCGGUGGGGGUGUUCUAGCCUGGUUUCUGAUCUGUUUGUGCUGUCUUGCCAAUGCCUACAAUGACUAUAGACCACUGCUACAAUGACCACGGCACAAACAGAUCUGGGGACCAGGCUAGGGUAGUUCACCCACUAAAAGAGAGAGAGAGAGAGAGAGAGAGAGAGAGAGAGAGAGAGAGAGAGAGAGAGAGAGAGAGAGAGAGAG